AUCCAGGCCCGGAGUCCGGAUCCGCAAAAUUUGAAAUCGACGAUAGGAGGGAAACUUGGGCGUCAAGUCUUCACCCACAAGAAACGAGAGCUACGCAUCCUUCUUCCUCCUAGGGUUUCAGAGACAGUCGCUUUGAUGAACAAGGAAAAUGCUCGCGCAGGAGGAGACAUAUCGGAGGAACAGAGAUUUCGGAUUUCGCAGAAUUUUAGAGCGGCAAAGGCCCUCCUUGACCGCAAAAGGCCUCGCCAAUCAGCCAACGCCUCCGGCCAGUUUCCUCGAAACUACGCCUUUUCGCCUUCGCAUGCGGAUGCAAAGAGAAUUGAAGUUCUGUCUCAGAUAUCUAGUAUCAAAAGGCUCCCUCUUUUAGAGAUUCCCCCGAACGUGCCUUCUCCAGCUUCUGCUAAGGGGUUGAAGUUAGCAGAACUUCAAUGUAACAGCAGUUCAUGUUCUAGGGGUAUCUCUGAUAGCGAGGCUGAUGAAACUUCAGCUAUAAGCAAAAAGAAUAUUACUUUCAGGAAUGAGGCAAUUCCGAGUUCAUUUGACACUCAAACUGCACAAGUAGAAUGCAACAUGUCAUGCUUUGAUGAAAAAUCUGUCAACGUAACUGAGUUGCAUGAAGGUAGUUUGAGGGAAGGGAAAAAAGAUGUUCAGAUUGAAGAAGAACCUGGGUCCAAUUCUUUCAUAACCCCAGUGAGAUCAUUUAAGUCUUCUUCACUAUCUAGUGCUUUUGGUGAUGAUUUUGACGAUUUCAUUUUCGAAGAAAUUGAUGCUUUAUGUGAGCAAAAGGCAAUUGUAAAAACCAAAUUGGAGGGAUGCAGUGGUAGUUUUAGAACAGAUAUUCUAUCUAUUGAAGAGAACUCUUUGAAGUGUGAGAUCAAUUUGAGCUCCGUUUUCCCAGAGUUGUCAAAAAGUGAUGGAGAUUUGAAUUCAAGUGAUAAUCAAGAAAAAGUUGGGGGAUUGAAAACUUGUGAGGAUGCAGAAAAUGGAAGCAUGUCCAAGGAAUAUGUGAAAUAUAUGGUUUCCCUGAACGACCAGCAGCGGGAAGCUGCUUGCAGUGAUACUUCUGUCCCAUUGAUGAUUGUUGCUGGACCAGGAAGUGGAAAGACUUCUACUAUAGUUGGACGUGUUCUCAUGUUGCUUAAUGAGGGCUUUGCUCCAUCCAACAUUCUGGCUAUGACUUUCACAACAGCAGCUGCCUCUGAAAUGAGAGAUCGAAUUGGAGCAGUGACUGGGAAAGGAACAGCAAAAGAGCUUAUAAUCAGUACAUUCCACUCUUUUUCUCUACAACUUUGCCGUUCACAUGCUGAAAAGUUAGGUCGCACGCCAGAAUUUUUGAUAUAUGGGCAUGGACAACAAAGAAGAGCAAUUAUUGAGGCUGUGAGGCUAUUGGAAACUGGAAACAAUAAGCAAAACCAAGAGGCUGGCAGACUUGAUGAAGAGUUAAAUGGCAUAAAUUCUCCACAAUAUUUCAAAGACAAGUCAAAGAAGUGGCAGAAGUUUGUUGUUCAAGCUAAAGCUUCUGGAAAGACACAUGAAGAUUACCAUAAAGCAGCUGAUGCUACAGGAGCUGCAAUUCUCCAAAACUACAACGACAUAUUAAGAUCUUGUAAUGCUUUGGAUUACCAUGACUUAAUCAAUUGUUCAGUGAAGCUGCUAAGUGAUUUUCCUGAAGUAUUUAAGGAAUGCCAGGAGUCAUGGAAAGCUAUGGUGAUAGAUGAAUUUCAAGAUACAAGUGCAAUGCAAUAUAGUUUGCUGCGGGCUCUUGCAUCUCAUAAGCGCCUAACUGUUGUUGGUGAUGAAGAUCAGUCAAUUUUCAGUUUCAAUGGUGCUGAUGUAUCUGGAUUUGAUUCUUUCCGUAAAGAUUUCCCAGACCAUAAAGAAGUUAGAUUAGUUAAAAACUAUCGGUCCACCCGUUGUAUUGUUGAAGCUGCAUCAUUUCUAAUAAAAAAUAAUUUGAAGCGAUGCCAGCUAAAGAAUGUUAUCACUGAGAAUUCCUGUGGAUCUAAGAUCAUUGUCAGGGAAUGUUGUAAUGAGGAUGCACAGUGUGCAUACAUUGUUGAUAAGAUCAUAGAAAUUACUUCUGAUGCUUCGUCUGCUAAGAACAAUUUUGGAAGUGUUGCUGUUCUUUACCGGAGGCAGGUAACAGGGAAAGUAUUCCAAACAGUCUUCCGUGACAGGAAAAUACCAUUCAACAUUCAUGGUGUGGCUUUCUACAGAAAAAAGGUUGUCAGAGCCAUAAUUGCUAUGCUUAGAACAACUUUGCCUGGUUGUGAUGAUGGUUCAUUUCGUCGAGUUUUCAAGGCUUUACUCCCUUUUGAUAAAGUGGAGAAGAAAAAGGUAAUUGCUCAUGUUGAUAAAGUUUCAACUGUUAGGAGAUGCAGCUACAUGUCAGCUGCAUGUGACAUAUUCAGUGCAAAGAUUUCAGGGACCUUUAAAAGGAGUCAACUUACGCAAGGACGUAAGGUGUUGCUUACACUUGACAUGAUAUCAAAACUUGUUCACAGGGAACAUUCAAUCUCAGCUGUCAUAACUUCAGUGGCUAACAUGAUACCACAGAAAUACCUUCUUGAACAGCGGGCAGUUCUUGAUGUUGAUGGUGGAAAAUUGCUAAAUGAAGACAAUGAUCUAAGAUCAGUGCUUCAGUAUCUACUUGAUGAUGUCUCUGAGUUUUUAUCUAGAUUUACCAUGCCAGAAGGAGAAAGCGAUAUUAUAGCAGAAGAUAAAGGCUGCACUCAUGUACUUAAAAAGUUCAUUGAUUCUAUAUCUGAACGGGAGCGGGAAAAUUUUUGUUCAAGGAGGCAUGAUAAUGAAAAUGCUGUUACCCUUACAACCAUUCAUCAGUCAAAGGGCCUUGAGUGGGAUACAGUUUUCAUAGUAAAGGCAAAUGAAUCUGAAAUCCCUUUGUUGCAUGAAUGCAAUGGUGUCAUGAAGGAAAAUUGCACUGCAAUUGAGGAAGAGCGGCGGCUGCUAUAUGUGGCAAUGACUCGUGCUCGGAAAAAACUUUUCAUACUUUAUGUUAUUAUGGACUCAAAUUGGCAGAUGCUUCAGCCAUCCCGAUUUUUAAAAGAAAUUCCCGAUCAUCUUCAAGAGAUCCAGGCUGAGCUGAAUUCAGAAGACCCUCAAAGAAAGGACCAACAAAUUCAGAACGUAACUUCUGAUUUAACUGUUGGCCUUCGAAAAGAAAUGUUAUCUUUGGAAGCAGAUAUGGAGCCGAGUGAUACUGUCAAGAUUGUGGCGCAUGAAACUUCUAGAGUGCCUACGGAAUCAUAUGUGACAUGCAAUGGGACUAGUUUUUUGAAAAGGUUCAGUGUGGAUGACCGAGCAGUUGUUUCCCAUUUGUUUCGUCAAUGGGCCAGGAAGCCAGCAUUUCAAGACCCAAAGAGAUUACUUGACAAGGUUGCCUUUGCAAUUGAUGAGCGCCUAAGAGUGAAGAAAAGCACGCACAAGUGUUUAUUACAUACGAAAUGAAGAAAUAAACUGCAUCAAGGAAAAUUUGGAGUCAUGACAAUGAGACUUCAGCUUCAAAAAUUAUGUGCCAGUGCCCAAAUAAGACUUCGUUGGCUGUUGUAUUUUUCUGAAACAAUAGGUAUAAAAAUCUGAAAGCAAGCCACUAAUCUUUGUAUUUGCUUGUGGAAUUUUUUUUUUUUUUUGUACAAGAGAAAAAUACGAUUAGAAACAAUUGCCUUCACAUAUGACAAUGGUGCCAUUUAAAGAACUGCACAAAAAGAGAAGUUUACGAGGCAGGGUUUCAAGCAGAGACUUUUACCUGAGAUAGAAUUCCUUAACUUGUGCAUUGGUUUGUCCAUUUUCAGAAAUCAUUACUCAGAUUCUGGCUUUCUCCUUUAUGGCUGCAAAGGAUGGUCUCUAAACAAAACUGGAGAGAGAGCAUAGGGAAAGGAAUCUUUCUGUGAUCGAGUUAUUUGUUUUUCCAGGCAAUUAUUUUGGCUGUCCUCGGCCAUUCUAAAGGGGAAAGAAAUGUGAGAAAAUAAAUUCUCAGGUUUAACACAUUUAAUAGUAUAAGACUAGUUUAUAGAGGGUGAAAACUCUGGAAUAUAAUGUGGAUUGUUAGUCAGUGGUCCUCGGCAAGGAGAAGAAUCACAUUAUGGAUCAUCUAAAGCUUGUGUUGAACUAUUAUACGCACAUAAAUGCACUUGAUAGGAGCACAAGUAUGAUGUAUCUACUCAUGAAUAGAUAUUUUGGUAGAUAGCAUCAGCAAAAUGACUCAUGAAACA